AGUCAAUCCACCAAGUCUCGACCGGUUCCCACAUGUGCCGUUGAAGGGUUAGUUAACGUUAACUGGUUACGUACGAGUCCUGUUUAGGACAAGUUUAGCGACGCUUUGACUUCCAGAUGGCCCUAACAACUACAUUUUGUGCGUACUUGGUCCCCCCGGAACCGUGUCCUUACGGUUUUUAUAUAAUUUUAUCAGGUGCACACUUAUGAAGUACAACACCAAUGGGGGACUGGCUGUCUAGUAACUCUAGUUCAAUAACCCGUACACCAUGCUCUCAUGGAACAACCAGACACUUCUCUUUCCUAUUCCCCUCGGCCUUGCCGAUCAAUAUCAUCGUUCCGUUUUUCCUUUGAUAAGAUUUCAAGGCCCAAAAUCUUCUCUUCACGAAGUGGAUUUAGCUCUUGUUGCAACAAUGAAUGAAAUUUACAGGAUGAAAGAAAUAGUAAAGAACACCUCAGAUUUCAAAGAACUUAUCCAUGAGUCCAAGGUACAAUAUGACACGCUAUUGGAAGACAAACAGGAUUUGGCAAAGGCCAUGGCUGAUAAGAAGACCUUUAAUCCGUUCAAGUUGCUCUCUACCUAUCGUGCGGCUCGCUUGCUCUCAGAAACAGGAAAAGCAUUGUGGAUUGAAACCCUGACUACGUCGGAGAGGCUGAGAAGGCAGACGCUCUCUGUUGACACACUAGCUACACAGGCAGUUGGAGAUGAUGAUCUGCCGCCUGGUGCUCGCAUCAGCGCAAUUGCUGUACAACUUGACGAUACAGACACAUAUCCGGAUGAUAUCGGCGCUUCAUUGUUCUCCGACGCGGACGCUCUCAUUGCAUCCCAAAGGGAGCUGGACCCACAUAUAAAUCCCUUCUCGGAUCACUAUCAAGUGAAAGACUCCAGAACUAGCGCCGUCCCAGAAGAUGGCUCAAAAUUUUCUACCGAUGAUGGAGCUACGUCUUCCACCAGUCCAAGUUCUCGUCUUCCUGAAGUUCAGAAUUUUCAAAAUAGCUAUGUCGCUUCGAGACCUGCAAUACACACCCCAACUCUGAACUAGGGUAGGUUGUAUAAUCAAAGGUCGUCUUAUUGAGGAGACAUUGAUUUCCAAAAUGGCGUGGCAUGGUAACCUGGUGUUUGGAUGCUGGUUCUAAGAAUCGCCAUAUCUCGCUGCUCAGCAGGAAUACGCGUACAAUUUGUUCGUAAUAAUUAAUAUUUUAAAUGAUGAAUGUAAACUCGAUGGACG